CGCUCAGGUGGAGGUGGACCCGUUCAUCUGCCUCCUCUGCAGCACAGCUGGCAGAACCUGCUCCAACCUGCUCCUCCUUCAGCCAUGACACUCUCAGGAGACGGAGCUCUGGGUCCAGCAGAACCCUUUUAGCAGUAUCUGACCAGCGGCUGAUCCCAGCUCAAGGCUCAGCUCAGGUGUCAGAGAAUCAGGAGCUCCUCCAGGGCCUGACAGGUUCUCUGAGGAGGUUCUGGUUGCUCUCUGACAGGAAGAUGAAGAAGCUGCUGCUGGUUGGGAUCCUUCUGCACGUUUCCCUGAAGGUCUCGGCUGUAGAGAUUUUGGAGGGCGGGUCCAUCCUGUUGUCCUGUGACUUUCCCACAGAUGAACUGGUCCGGCCCACAGUGGCGUGGAUCCGGUCUGACCUCAGUCCCCCCAUUGUCCACAAGCUUCAGCCAGAAGGAGGUCAACUGGAAGAUCAGAACCGGCUUUACAGAGGCAGAACCUCCAUGAAGACUGACGCUCUGACCACUGGAGACCUGAGCCUGAACCUGACUAAGCUGCAGGUGUCUGACACUGGAACCUACACCUGCACCGUCAGAACCUCUAAAGGAGAACUGAAAGUUACAAACAGAGAACUACUGGUUAAAGAGCAAUUUCCUUCAUGGGUCAAACAUCUCCUGGUUCUCCUGGUUCCGGUUCUAAUCGUAUCUGCAGGUCUUUUAUUUUAUUGUCGGCACUAUUUCAUGUCAGAAUACAAUGUGGAGGUGGAUUCAGGGGAGAAGUCUGUCCUGCUGCCCUGCAGAUCCAGACCACUCCUGCCUGGAGAUGCUAGAGUGGAGUGGAGUGACAACAGAUACAGGACGGUCCAUGUGUAUCAGAACGGUUCUGACCAGGACCAGUUCUACAGAAACAGAACCAAGAUGAAUAAAAACCCGCUGAGGACCGGAGACCUCAGUGUGACUCUGGAACACCCCACAGAUGAAGACAAUAACAUCUACACCUGCAGGGUCUCCAGCAGGGAGGGAACCAUCCUGAUGAAGAAGCAAGUUCAGCUGAAGGUCAAAGUCCCACAGGUGGAGGUGGAUUCAGGGGAGGAGUCUGUCCUGCUGCCCUGCAGAACCACAGUUACCCUGCCUGGAGAUGCUAGAGUGGAGUGGAGGGACAGAGGAGAUAGGAAGGUCCAUGUGUAUGAGAACGGUUCUGAUCAUCCUGGAGAACAGAACUGGUUCUACUACAACAGAACCAAGAUGAAUGAAGACCUGCUGAGAACUAGAGACCUCAGUCUGACUCUGGAACAUCCCACAGAUGGAGACACCAACAUCUACACCUGCAUCGUCUCCAGAGGGAAGGAAAACAUCCUGAUGAAGAAACGAGUAUAUCUCCAGGUCAAAGUUCCACAGGUAGUGGUGGAUUCAGAAGAGAAGUCUGUCCUGCUGCCCUGCAGAACCACAUUUCAACUGUCUAGAGAUGCCAAGGUGGAGUGGAGGGACGGAGGAGACAGGAAGGUCCAUGUAUAUGAGAACAGUUCUGAUCAUCCUCAAGAACAGAACCGGUUUUACAAAAACAGAAUCAAGAUGAAUGAAGACCUGCUGAGAACUGGAGACCUCAGUCUGACUCUGGAACAUCCCACAAAUGAAGACACUAACAUCUACACCUGCAUCGUCUCCAGGGGAGAGGGAAACAUCCUGAUGAAGAAACAAGUUAAUCUCCGGGUCAAAGUCCCACAGGUGGUGGAGGUGGAUUCAGGGAAGAAGUUUGUCCUGCUGCCCUGCAGAACCACAGUUACCCUGCCUGCAGAUGCAAAAGUUGAGUGGAGGGACAGGAGAAACAGGAAGGUCCGUAUAUACGAGAACGGUUCUGAGCAUUCUGAGGAACUGGACCAGAGAUACAGAAACAGAACCAAGAUGAAUGAAGACCUGCUGAGAACUGGAGACCUCAGUCUGACUCUGGAACACCUCACAGACAAAGACACUAACCUCUAUACCUGUAGCGUCUUCAGUAGGGAUGGAAACAUCCUGAUGAAGAAACAAGUUGAUCUCCAGGUCAAAGACUGUCAGGUGGAGGUGGAGGAGGGGGCGGAGUCUGUCCUGCUGCCGUUCACAACAACUGGGCUGCCAGAAGAUGCUGGAGUGUUCUGGUGGGACAAAGACAGUUCCAGGGUCCAUUUCUUUGAGAAGAAGAGUUCUGAUCAGCAUGAAUACCAGGACGAGCACUACCAAAACAGAACAAACAUGAAAGAAGACGCACUCAAAACUGGAGACCUCAGUCUGACUCUGAAACGUCCCACUGAGGAAGACAGUGGAGAGUACAGGUGUAGAGUCAAGAGGGAAGGAGAACUGCUGAGAGCCAAAAACAUUCAUCUUAAAGUCAAAGCAGGGACAGUUCGGGUUCAGGACCAACCGAAGGACAUCAAGACCAGCAGCAGCUCCACUGAAUUGUCUCCUUUGAUACCUUAUCAAUCCAUCUGAUCAUCAUUUGUUGAUUCAUCUUUGAUCAUUGAUCCAAUCUGUCUUUGGAUCAGAGAGAAAAUCUCAGUGAAGGUUCUGACGGAUGAAGAGAGGACACUUCAUUAGCUACCACUGUAGCUACUGUGUACUGUGAUAGAGGUCUCACCCUGUAGGAAACCUUCCAGAAGCUCCACCAUGGAGAAUGCUUCCUUAACAGGAGGAAGAGAAGAAGCCAAUUUGGAGGAGAACUCCAAGCAGACAGAAACAGGAGAUGUCAGCUGUUGUAUAGAUUCUUACAUUAUUGUUUCAACAUCAGGAUGAAACUACAGAUGAUCCAAUCUGGUUGACCUGAGUGGAAGAAGUGGAGGGUCUUCAUAUUUUCACCGUUCUGGGUCACUUUUGAAGGAUUCGUUGAUGUUUAAUCCUGGCGAACCUCCUCAGUUGUCUAACGUUACCAGUGUGACAAACAGAUCAACCUGUAUGUUGCACUGCAUCCCAACCAAACAUUUUAUAGAUUUAGUGAACUCCUCCAUCAGGUUCUGACAGAUCUGUCCUUGGGAAUUGAACAGCUGUCUUCUCCAGGUAACUUUAACUGGGUCUUAGCUGUAGCACCUACAGCUAAGGUCAAGAGUCCAUACAAAAUAUAGACUGUGAUUUCAGAACUAAUCGGAGUCUCAGUCAGGCUUUGGAGCUCAUCAUAGCACUGAAGCAGCUCUGAUGAAAGUCACUAAUGAUAUUCUCAUGGCCUACGAUAAUGGACUUGUAUCUGUACUUGUCCUGUUAUAUUUUUUCAUCAAGCUGAUCACAAUAUUCUGUUAGAAAAGCUUAAACGUUUUGGAAAGUCAAUGAAAACAAAAACUCCCUUCAUGUGGUAUCGUAAGUCACUCCGACAGAUACCAACGCAGCAGUGUUUUGAAACAUGUAAGCAGCUGUUCUCAGGGAGAAGAUGGCUUCACUCCACCCCACAUGUUUAGGUUUGAAGUGUUUGUAUUACGUCUGCUCUGGUCAGCCGAUAUAGCAGAGUGUGAGGUAGGGAGGGUUUGGAGAAGAGCAGAGCUGAGAGCAGACAAGAGGGCAGACUGUCGCUUAGCCAGGGGUGUGAUUACUUUGUCUCUGCUCUGGUUCUCAAUAAAGUGCUGAAACUUGAUGGAA